AACGUAUGGAACGAACUUAUGGCAGAAAUCAUGAUUUAUUCUGUACUUUUUUGGGCCUCCAUUCUUUGUUGUAAUGCUGCUGAAAUACGGGAAAAACGAAGUUCUGGAGGACAUUUGGAUCCUAGCGGCUACGCAAGUGGCUCCAUUUGGCCAAAACCGCAACAAUAUACUUCUGGCAAACAAACGUUCACAUUAAACCCCAAACGGUUCGAAUUCACUUCAUCAGGCAAGGAAAGUGACAUUUUGAGGAAAGCAUUAAAAAGAUAUCAAGGCCUUACGUUUCCUGACAAGAUUCGCUCGAAUGCAGUGAGAUAUCGCCGUGAUCUGUCUGCUCUGACGUCCUUGGAUGUAUCAGUGAAGGAGAAGUAUGCACCUAUGACCUUUGAGAGCGAUGAAUCGUACAAACUAACAGUGAGCGCUCCGGCAUCGAGUUUAACCGCGAAUACGAUUUGGGGGGCACUGCGAGGACUUGAAACAUUCAGUCAACUCGUGUACCAAGAUGAACAUGGCAACUUCCUGGCUAAAGAAGGCAAAGUUACUGACUUUCCUCGAUUUCAUCACCGUGGUUUUCUAAUAGAUACAUCCAGACAUUUUAUUCAUGUCAGGGUGAUAUUACGUCAUAUUGAUGCAUUAGCUUAUGCGAAGUAUAAUGUCUUGCACUGGCAUAUUGUUGAUGACCCGUCAUUUCCUUUUGUCAGUGAAACGUUUCCUUCGCUCAGUAAUGUUGGUGCUUAUAACAAUUUUACACAUAUCUAUAGCGUGGGUGAUGUGAGUAAAGUUAUUGAGUACGGUCGAUUGCGAGGUAUUCGUGUAAUACCCGAGUUUGACACGCCUGGACACACCCAAUCAUGGGUCAGCAUCAAGAAUCUUCUCACACCGUGUUAUUCCAGAGGAAAACCAACUGGAACAUUUGGUCCUGUUAACCCAACAUUGAAUUCCACAUACACCUUCCUUAAGUCGUUUUUCGGGGAAGUUGCAAAGCGUUUUCCCGAUGACUACAUUCACUUGGGCGGAGAUGAAGUAUCCUUUAGUUGCUGGAAGCGCAAUCCAGAUGUGGUGGCUUGGAUGGAUAAAAUGGGAUUUGGCAAGAAAUUUUCACUUCUGGAACAGUAUUACGAACAGAAGUUAAUUGAUAUCGUUGGUGGUUUGAAAAAAAAAUACAUGAUUUGGCAAGAAGUGAUCGACAACGCAGUCACUGUAAAAUCCGAUACUGUGGUCCAUGUUUGGAAACGUGGUUGGAAACAUGAACUGGCCAAAAUUACAGCAAAGAACCUGAACGUUAUUCUAUCCUCUCCUUGGUAUUUGAACUACAUCUCAUAUGGCAAUGAUUGGCCAAAAUAUUAUCGAGUUGAACCCACUGCAUUUAAAGGCACAAGUGCGCAGAAGAAGCUAGUCCUUGGGGGUACCACUUGCAUGUGGGGUGAAUGGGUGGAUGGAACAAAUCUCCUGGCAAGAAGCUGGCCAAGAUCACUGUCCAUUUCCGAGAGGUUGUGGAGUUCAAUCAACACAACUGAUUUAGCGGAUGCAGAAAAUCGUUUAAGAGAGCAUCGUUGUCGUUACCUGAUGCGCGGUAUUCCAGCACAGAAUGGUAUACAGUCAAAGUAUUGUCGAUAUGAAUGGCCAGGAACUGUUUAGAGUUAAGGCCAGUCUCAACUCAGGAAAACUCUCCUUUGGAUCGGACAGGACAGGAAAGUUUCCUUUGUAUAAACGCCGCCUGAGAACUCACCGACAAAGGAAAUUUUCCUGUCCGUUCUGAUUCAAAGGAGAUUUUUCCUGAGUGGAAACUAGCUUUUAGAUCAUACCGUAAUAUAUCAGUCAUAUAUCAUUAUUAUUAGUAUUAUCAUUAUAUAUUGGUCUAAAAUGGAACUGUGCAAAAUAU